AUGAGCGAAAAGGAGCGCCAGUCGGGCGAGCAAGAGCGCUCGCAGCCUCAGGAGCCCGUCCUCCCUACCACCGAGAAGCCCGAGCCUGCCAAGGCAUCCCUCCACCCCGCCUUCUACAUCGCGACCUGGAUAUCGCUGUCCUCCAGUGUCAUCAUCUUCAACAAAUGGAUCCUCGAUACCGCCAAGUUCCACUACCCAAUCGCCCUCACAACAUGGCAUCUGGCCUUUGCGACUCUCAUGACCCAGCUCAUGGCUCGCUUCACCACCACGCUUGAUUCGCGCAAGAAGGUCCCCAUGACGGGCAAGGUCUACCUCAGGGCAAUCGUACCCAUCGGUCUCAUGUUCUCGCUGAGCUUGAUCUGCGGCAACUUGACAUAUUUGUAUUUGUCUGUGUCAUUCAUUCAGAUGUUGAAGGCUACCACACCAGUUGCAGUCUUGAUUGCUUCUUGGAUCUUCGGUGUCUCUCCACCGUCAAUGAAGACGCUGGGCAAUGUCUCCCUCAUCGUGAUUGGAGUCAUCAUCGCUUCGUACGGCGAGAUCAAAUUCGACAUGACCGGCUUCCUCUACCAGGUCGGUGGUAUCGUCUUCGAGGCCACUCGCCUGGUCAUGGUCCAGCGCCUGCUUUCUAGCGCUGAGUUCAAGAUGGAUCCACUCGUCUCGCUCUACUACUUCGCUCCAGCUUGUGCCAUCAUGAACGGUCUCACCGCGCUGGUCGUGGAAGUGCCAAAGAUGACACUUGCGGACAUUCAGAACGUUGGAUACUUCACUCUGCUUGUCAACGCCAUGAUUGCCUUCCUGCUAAACGUUUCAGUGGUGUUCUUGAUCGGCAAGACUUCCUCCCUCGUCAUGACCCUGUCCGGCGUCCUCAAGGACAUUCUCCUCGUUGGGGCCUCCAUGCUCAUCUUCGGCGAUCCCGUCUCUGGCAUCCAAGCCUUCGGUUACUCCAUCGCCCUGGCAGGUCUUGUCUACUACAAGCUUGGUGCGGAAAAGCUCAAGGAACACUUUGGCCAGAUGCAACGCGGCUGGGCGGACUUUGGUGUGCGCCAUCCUGCGGUCAAGAAACUGAUUAUCUUUGGACUCGUCAUUGUUACCCUUAUCGUGCUGCUUGGUGGUGUCUCGCACGCCGGCGUGGUCCCAUCGCAAUACGACCCAAGCAAGGUUGCACAGGACAAGUGGAAUGAAUGGGCUGGCAAGACUGGCUCCCACUAA